CAACCCCACAAAGAACGUCAAAAACAAGGUUUACAAACGUUGAAAACCAAAAAGAUCAUGUCCCGAUUACACAGCAGUUCUGGCCCAGAUGGCGACGCUGGUCCUGCCAAGCUCUACAUUGGUCACGUCUCUUCGAGGGCUAAUACACGGGAUCUGGAAGACAUGUUCGCAAAGUACGGAAGAGUUCUCAAUGUUGAAGUGAAACCUGCUGGAUAUGGAUUUGUGGAAUAUGACGACCCUCGCGAUGCGCAAGACGCAAUGCACGCUCUUAACGGAUAUAUUUUUGAGGGACAACGAUUGGUAGUGGAAUUUUCUCGUCGGGCAGGAAAUGCCACUUCCAAUUGUUUUAUUUGUGGGCAGGUUGGACAUUGGGUCCGGGAAUGUCCAGAGAAUGUAGAUAAGGGAUUGGACGUUCGAUCAGGCAAAUGCUUCAAGUGCGGCGAAGUAGGGCAUCUUGCAAAGUUUUGCCGAGGAGGGUCAGGGAGAGGUCGGUCGCGCUCACCGCCUGCACACUAUCGUUCCCGCUCUCCUGGGCCGUCGCGGAGACGGUCUCCAUCCCCGCGCGGAGGCUACCGGGACCGGGACAGGCAUUCAUCUCGUCGACUACCAGACCCUUCUCCACCUUCCCGUUACAGGGACGACAGGUCUCCGCCUCCGCCACGUAGAUACGACCAAUCGCCUCCGAGAAGGGAUUACGGUCGUGAUCGGAAUGGACGUGAUCGCGAUGGUUACAAUUCUCGGCAUCGUGCUGCCUCUCCCAGGUCGCACCGGUAUUGAUGGAACCGUGCUUUAACCGUAGCUUAUCUUCCACUGGUCCUUUUGCUAUAGUCGCUAAACUGGAUAUGCCAUCGAAAUGGUAUCCGGAGGUGAAGACCAGUAUUGAUAACUUUGAAUAUGUGUCUUAAGCACAUGUAAUUUGUGCCCGUGCUGAGUGAUACAAAAUACAAACAAAACCAACUGUGAGACGAAAUGCAGCGAUA